GGAGUACAUGUAUAUGAAGAUAGUCAGUGACAGGCUGCAUUGUUAACUUUUGCAUCCUAAAUGGAAUGACCCAGAUGACGGGGCCAGAUAUGGAAUCAGUAGAUGGGAGACGUGAUGCUAUCAAUACAAGAUACGAAGAAUACAUUUCGUCCUAUAGUCACCACUUACCGAUGAAUUUACAGGCUCAAGACGUAUCCUAUAUUGUAGCCGAGGGAAUGGCUAACAUGUGGUGGGCGCGACUCACGUCCCUUCAGAUGCCCUGGGAAUGGACUCGGGGCCCGAAAAGGAAGAAGCGCGUCCUGAAUGGGGUGUCCUUUCAAGUGAACUGCGGGCAAAUGUUGGCUAUACUGGGGACUUCGGGUAGUGGCAAGACGUCUUUGUUGGAUGUUUUGGCUUGUAGACAGACUUCAGGGGAACUUACAGGCCGAAUUACUGUGAACGGCGUCGAAAGAACAGAAACGAUGAUUAAGCGACACGCGGGCUAUGUCAGGCAAGACGAUCGAUUGUUACCAAAUCUGACCGUGAGAGAAUCAUUAAUGUUUGUAGCCCACCUCAAGCUACCCACGUCUUUCAACAAAGAACAAAUAGAGACUAGAGUGGACAGUGUGGUGGCUGAACUGGGGCUCAGACCAGUGUAUGACAGUAAAGUUGGGGGCGCAGAAAUACGCGGCAUAUCUGGGGGAGAAAGGAAAAGAGUCAGCAUAGCAACUCAACUACUUGUGGAUCCAAGUAUUCUGUUACUAGAUGAGCCAACGUCGGGUCUCGACUCAUUCACGGCGCAUCAUUUGGUGGAAACUCUCUCCACGCUGGCGAAGAAUAACCGCACAAUACUCUUAACGAUACAUCAACCAAGGUCGGACAUCUUUAAACUGUUUGAUCUGGUGAUGAUCUUAACUGAGGGCAAUGUUGCAUAUUAUGGAGAAGCUGCCAAAAUGAUCCCAUAUUUCACCAAGCUACAAUACCCGUGUCCAGAAUUCACAAACCCGUGUGAUUUUUAUGUUGAUCUCUGUACAGUUGAUACAAAAACUGAAGUCACAGAAAUAGAAUCUUCCCGUCGGGUGGAUUCCUUGGUGAAACAAUACUCCCAGGAAAUGUUACAAAAUGAUAGCGGAGCCUUUGUUAACGGCGCAGAGGACGAACCUACAAGACUUCGAAGGGACUUGGAGGCAACACGACUGUAUCUGCCUGGGUGGUUUACGCAGUGGGCAGUUCUGACAAGGCGUGCUCUGAUCAACAAUUUCGCCGACUAUGGUUUCCUCCUCGUCCAAAUUGCGGAAAGUGUAUUUAUGUCUCUCGUUAUCGGCGUGGUCUACCUGAACCUUCAGUUUGAUCAGUAUGCCAUGAGGGACAGGUUCGCCUUGAUGUUUAUUUUGGGUGCACUCUACCCGUACAUGAUGGUCGUGGAUGUUGUUGGCAAAUAUCAUAAAGAAAGAUGGCCACUUUAUCAUGAUCUUCAAGAUGGACUGUACACCCCUGGACCAUUUUUCUGGGCAAAGCUCGUCAGUGAGAUUCCAGAACACACACUAUUUCUGAUCCUGUAUUCAGUUCCUUAUUACUGGUUGUCCAACAUGCAGAAUGAUGCCUUACUAUUCUUCCAAACGUUUGUGAUUCUGUUUCUCACUGCGUACUGUUGCCGCUGCGUCGGCAUGGCGUUUGCUGCCGUCUUUCCCACAUGCCAAUCUGCCACCACUUCUGCACAAGGAUUUUUUGCAACUAUGCUACUCUCUGGUGGCUUCAUUAUUAACAUGGAUAAUUUAUUUGAAGGUAUGAAAUGGUUAUCCAAUGUGUCCUUUCUGAAGUGGAGUUACCAAUCCUUAUGUUUGGUUGAGCUACCAGGGUUGAACUUUACCUGUCCCUUGCCAAUAGGCACGUGUAUUCAUAAUGGGUCGGAGGCCCUGAAGUACUACUCAAUGGAAAAUAUAGAGAUGUGGAAAAGCUGCACUAUCCUUGGAGCAGAGUCCAUAUUUUUCCUUAUUGUAUUUUACAUUGCCUUAACAUUCAUUAGUCAGAAACCACAAGAGUCAUAAUUGUCAUUUUUAAACAUGAAUGACUUUUGCCAAGACAUUAUGUUCAAUGAACUUUAACAAAAA